AUGGCGUCAACGACGCCAGCGACGUGCAUUCCCAUGCCGGACGAGGGGGCAGAGCCUUCAGAUGCCACGGUUGUGGGCCCAGGCGCCGAGAGCGCCUCAGGGACCACGGCGGGAGCCACCAACGAGGAAGAGUUAGACGAGAGGUGGAAUUACAUCGCCUCCCUGGCGCUGAAGUACUGGACGCCAGCUGGCGAUCAGCAAUCGCCGCCGCAGCGUCCGCGUCAACAUCCGGGAGAGGACCACCUUCGCCGGCCCCGCUACCUCCUCGAUGAGCCCAGCAGCAGUUCCCAGGCAUUCCAAGCCUUCCCGAGAGAGAUGCCCGGCGCGUCUGUCAGCGUAGACCCGGGUUCCGCAGCCAGCGAUGCAUGGAGGAUCGCCUCUAGCAGCAGUACUGCGCAGCCCUGGGCAGGUGACUGGCGCACUUACGGAGCCCAAGGGUCAAGCCAGCCAGGUCGGCAAGGAGGGGGAUGGGACAGCUGGGGAGCCCAGUGGUCUGGCGAAGGUUGGCACGGAGGUGGCUGGAACAGCGGAGCACAGGGAGGAGGCCAAGGCUGGCAAGAAGGUGGAUGGAGCAGCGGAUCGCAGGGAGGAGGUCAAGGUUGGAACGAAGGUGGAUGGAACAGCGGAGCACAGGGAGGCGGCCAGGGUUGGCAAGAAGGGACGGAUCCCAACGGCUACCACCGUGGAUAUUGGAGCGGUGCCACAUGGCAAGGACAUUGGCAGGCAGCCUCUUGGGGAUCGAGAUCCGAUGAGAGCUACAGCGAGUCAGAGGAUUCGUCAGUUUCGUUGGGUUUCGGUUCCGUGCAUUCCUACGUGUCCUCCCCGGGCCCUCCGUGGACGGAUCAGGGCGGAGGAGGUGGCUACAGACACUCCGCUUACACGUCCUGGUAG